AUGUCGGUUGACGCGAAAACCCGCAACGUGGUCUUGGAGCCUCCCCGUGACGCAGUUGCUGCCGCGCUGGAUCAGGCAGAGCAGUACGGCCUCGCCACAACUUGGCCGCCCUCUGCUGCUGACGGCGCCUUGCAGCAUUCUCUCAACGACCAUAUUUCUAAUCUCGCCCAGAAUCUACCUGAUACAGGUGCCGACAUAGACUCCACGCGCCGAUGGCUCAACGCCGCCCUCGAUUUUCGCCAAACUACGGUCAAGCACCCCGUUGCCUGGACUGGCGCUGAACUGCAUUCGCUUUCGGGACUCGAGCUUUGCGAGUAUCUGGUCGAAUGUGGUCUCGGCAAAUGCCAGGCUAGAGAAGUUGCCAGAGAUGUUGUGUCCGCCCGCGAGACAAGAGCAACGUGGAUCACCAAGAUUACAGAAAUGAAACAAACGAUGAUCGAGCAGGCCCACGACACCUGUACCGAAGACUUCAAGGUCUGCGACACGAUUCGCAUGUCGUCCAUCCUUGCCUGCUUGUUCAUGAUAGUGGUUGCAACGUAG